GAAGCAAGUUGGUCACUUGGGCCGGUCUAUUUUGUGUCAGAGUUCAAGUUUGCCAAAAUGUUGGGUCACAUUAAUCACGGCCGGUCUGAAUCAUCAGAUGGACUAAUAACGGCUUCACCACUUCCGGCCCAUCCGGCCUGCUGUCAGUCUCUCUCAAUCAGACGGCCCUACCCAGAGAAUGAGGAAAUAUUCGCUGCAACGGUUACACUAAAGUCAUAA